AUGGCCUCGCCGACAUCUGUCUUGUCCAAGACAUUGCAGUCAAUCACUGUGACCAAAAUCAAGGAGCUCGAGAAGCAGCGUAGCUCCUACGAAGCACGGAAGUCCUCCGUCUUGGCCAAAGCCUCGGCGUGCAGAACACCACACGAUAGGCUCUCUUGUCUGCUCGAUGGCGUUCAAGAGCUCUACCCUGCGGCAAUGAAGGAGCCUUCGCUUGUCAACAUGGGACGAUGGCUCGAGCAGUCUCGAUACGAUUGCUCCAUCUCCCAGUCCAUGCUGCAGUCCUUUGAGGGUCAAUUGCGCAAGAAGCUCGAUGUACGUAGCCGAAGACUUGCUCUAGCAGAUCUGUACUCUCGUCUUCUGACCGAAUGGAUGAGCCGAUCCCCAGCCGAUGCGUCCAUGAGCGACCCCGCUGGUCUCUUUUCGGAGGAGUCUCCCAAGGAGAGCUUUGAGGUUGUUGAGCGCCAGAGACAGCGACUCGAGGAAUUAGUCGACAAAUUCGAGCAAGUUGUCUUUGAACCUCUAAACACCAGCGAGACCGAGAUCACUUCUUUUCUUGACCGUCUAUUUCCUAGCGAGGAAGCGGUGAAGGCUCUGCAAACGCUUCGCCAGACGGUGGCCAACACGACCAACGCCUUCAUGGCUGAAAUCGCCCCGUUUACACAUGAAUCUCUUACCCACUGCCUCAAGGGUCUUCUCACCGAGGAUCUCCUUACCGACGAGAAACAAGCCAUCCUGAGGGACUUUUUAGAUAAUCCUGUCGCAUUGACUGAAAUUGCCGAUGUCCUCAACAUGAGGUUCGCAGACCUGCGGAAUUGGGACUGGAAUGCGGGCAAGGACGGUUUACGCGUCCUGCCACGACAGCAGCUCAAUGGGAAGUAUCGUAUCUGGACGGACGAUGAUAUCCUAGAGAUGCUGUUCGUCCAGUACAUUGGUAUCCGUCUCUGCAAUAUCCUCAAAGCCAGCCUGACAGACUUUGUGUCCGACCCUGCCAUUUGGUCGUGGGGCCAAGGCGCCCAUUGUACACCCCAACGGCGCGAUCUAGACCGAAGGCAAUAUUUCCUUGGUUCCUCAAGCGUGGUGUACUGGAAAAGCGUCCAAGCCGACCGUAAAUCCAGCUUCCUCAGCACCUUCUUCUUGUCACAGCUUCCCGCGGACGAAGCCUCGCUAUAUGAAGGGAAUGGUGGGUACGAUGGAGAUGAAGACGACAGUAGUGUCGGUGUAACGCAAGCAAAUAACCCUGACAGUGGUACAAACAAGGACGCGGAACCACAGAAAACGUCAAGCAUCAAGCAGAAGCUCCUCCGUCAACUGACAUGUGACCUCCUCAUGCAUAGGUUAAGGGGCAGGCACCACGGCAGUGGGCAACGCGAAGAGGGCGCAGCAGUUAUGCUGCAGACUGACCUGCAGUGGUUCGCCACUGGACUGCCUCACAGCACCAUCUAUGCCGUCAUGCGAUAUGUUGGGUUCUCGGAAGACUGGAUACGCUUCUUCAGGAAGUACCUAGAGGCACCAUUAAACCUAGAUCAAUCGGCGGAUUACCGUACGCCCAAGGGGGCGCGUGUUCGAAAGCGUGGUGUGCCGAUGGCCCACGCGUCCGAGAAGCUGACAGGCGAACUGGUCCUCUUCUUCCUGGACCUGACUGUCAAUCGCCAAGCUGGAAUGCUCCUAUACCGUCUUCACGAUGACAUCUGGCUGUGCGGAGAGCCAGAUGCGAGCUCACAAGCCUGGAAACAUAUGCAGGAAUUCGCCAAGGUGUUCGGGCUCGAAUACAACCGCGAGAAGACAGGGUCGGUCUACCUGGUCAACGAUGCUCGCAGAGAUAAUCGGGUGGCAGCGAGCCUCCCUAAAGGUUCUGUGACGGUUGGGUUCCUUAAGCUUCAUCCCAGGACAGUAAAGAAGAUGAUACACGACCGCUUCAAAAUUGCAGACAUUCCGGACGCCUUUAUUUUCUUGCCUGAGCACCUAGGGGGACUUGGGCUACGUAAUCCGUUCGUGGGGCUCUUUCUUGUGAGAGGUAAGAUAGACAAGUCACCGGAGGAACUGGUGAAUGGCUUCAUCGAACGAGAGAGGGAAGACUACCUAAAGCAGAAGAAGGCAUUCGAGGAAACGAGCGAGGCAAUGCUAAGGAGACGGCUCCAUAAUCUCUACCCGGACGAUGGGGCGUCACGAGAGUCACGACUGGGGCUGGGUGCGCUCGGUGAGUUCAUGCCACUGGAGGAGUUUGGCAGAUAUCGAGAGGUGAGCAGCGGGGAACUUCAAGGCACCUACGCCCACCUCAUGUCAGUACCGGAACGAGAGGGUCUUGCGCUGAGCAAGGGGGUCGAGCAGGGCAUAUCAAAACUAGAGGAGGACGCGAGUGCCGGCCAACUCGAUGAGGAAAAGAGAUGGAUCCUGCAACUAUACGCAGAUGAGCUGAUGGAGUCAUGCGGCGGCCUCAGCCUGGUAGACAAGCAGUUUCUGCCCGUUGGGGUGUUGAAUAUGAUGAAGGGGAGGAAGGUGACAUGGAAGAUGAUUCUCUGA